AUGCAAUCGCUGCUUUUCAUCAACUCGGUUUGCGAGCUCGCCGAGCAACAAGUUUGCGAGUCGCUGCUUUCCUACCUACACUCGGGCUUUCUCGUUCCCGUUCUGGCACCUUCUCUUCACAAGCCAAACCAGGAAGAAACGCUCUGCUCCAUCGCCUACCUUGAUCUCUUCGUCCGCUCUGUCACUUCCGAGCCUCUUCUUAAACUCCUCCUACGUUUCAUCGUUCUCCAUGAAUACGAAGGGGUCCCUCUUCUUGACACGCUCACUCAAACUCUGGGUUCUAAUCAUCGUGAAUGUCUCGCCGCACUGUCUCUUUUCUCUACUCUAAUCUCUAUCCAAUGUGAGGACCUCAUGUUCCAGCUUAUUUUCCGCUACCUCAUUCCAGGAUCGCACAUGCUCUGGACCCAAAGAGGGCUCAUCCGACAAAAUGAAAAUCUCGUUAUCUCCGCAGAAAAAUUUUUGAAUUUAACACCGAAAGAAAGCUUCAAGGGUAAGAAUUCUGGAACGAACUUCCGAAUCACUGAAGACUUGUUUUUGUCUGCUGACGAAACGGCUGAAAUCGACGAAGCUGAUGAAGAGCUUGUCGCUACAGAUCUUGCUCUUGUCGGCGCCGUUCCUGGUGCUAUUGACCAAAUUCCUUUCUCUUACAUGGAUUAUUUGGAAGACGCAAGCGCUAGAAUUGCCGAGUCACGGUUAUCCUGCGCAACUUGGCUCUACGAUUACGACGGAAUCGAUCCUCCCCCGAAUUUCAUCUCAGAGAACACUGAUCUCUUCACGCCACUGCACGGCCUCGUCGCCACACGAACUCAUGAAGCACUCGUUAACUUUGACAUCGAAAACAACGAUUUACCUUCGCUGGACGAGCUCGGCAUCGAAUCUAUAACUUCGAAGCCCCAGUCAUUUCAAAGAGCGAACUCGACUUCAAAUCAAGCGAAAGUUUUUGAAAAAGUAGAAAGGCCACGAAACAACAAAGUAAAAACUGAAGUCGACGACUUUUAUCGCUCACUAAUGAAUAGCGAAGAAAUAUCAAGUGUCAAUAUGAAAGAGUGCGACGAUCUGGACCUGUCGGUAGACCUUAAAGAUGCCGAAGAAAGCUUCAUGUCUGACAUCACAGCUGUCGAAGCACAAAUGAACUCGUCACUCGGGGAAGCCAAUUCUGAAGUCGAAUCGUUUGAACUUCCAUCAACAGCUGAAACUGUUGAGGAGCUAGAAACAGUGUGCGAAGAGAACGCAAAUGAAAGAUCUAUUUUGGAACUGGGUCAUCUUGAAGAACAAUUGACGACUCUUGGCGAUCACUUUCUCGAUGCACAGGCGAGUACGACCAUCCAUGUACCAAUCAAAAAGGCUGGAACGCCAUUUCUGGGCCCUUUUCUGUCAACUCUAUUUGGAAGGCUGGAACAAAUGCCCACCAAUUCCUUAUAUUUAAACUUAAUGCUCACUGGUGUCGUCACUAAGCUUUGUUCGAUGCCUCAGCCUCUACUCCGAGGCUUCCUGUUAGAUACGCGCGUAGUCUUUCAGCCUGGAGUACCAACGCUCUUCUCAGUUCUCACAAAAGUCAAGGGAAAGCUGAAUGCUUUUGCGGUCUCUUGUGCAGACUUUAACUCGCUCUGUGCCCGUGCGAAUCAAUUCUUGCUCCAGCGGGAAGAAGAUCCGAUUAUCAUCGAAGACGAUAAGGGCAGCAGUACUCCUUUUGACUUAAAGAAGUUCGAAAAUGUCAUAAAAGGAAAAAAAGACAAAGCUGAAAAGUUUAUAAAAGCUGCUCAACUGAAUCUGGCGAUGCGAGAGAAGCAUUCGUCUGACCCGCUCCGAUUGAAGAACGGGAUCUUCGCUACUGUGAUACUGCGCGAAUUCGCGAAAGAGCUAGCUGCGCUCGCUCAUGAACACGCUAUCCUUUACUAA